AUGCCGGCCACUUCUACAGCCACCACCGCGCUGGCCCUGGGACGGCCAUCAUCAGGACGGCCACACGACCAUGAAGACGGACGACGAAGCAGUAUACCAUCGCUAGACGCACAAGGAGGAGAUGAAGAAGAAGCGCGGAAGGACAAGAGCAAUGACAACAGGCCGGCGUCAUGGAGCUCGCUACCCAAGCGGAACCAGCUCAUCAUCCUCACGAUAGCCAGGCUGUCCGAGCCGCUGGCGCAGACCUCGCUGCAGGCGUAUAUGUUCUAUCAGCUCAAGUCGUUUGAUCCCUCGUUGCCGGACUCGACCAUAUCUGCACAGACAGGCAUCUUGCAAGCAGCCUUCACGGGUGCUCAGUUCGUCACGGCUGUGAUCUGGGGCAGACUGGCAGACGCCGAGUCCAUCGGCAGGAAGAGAGUGCUACUUAUUGGCCUGCUGGGAGCUGGAAUCUCGACACUGGGUUUUGGAUUCUCCAAGUCCUUCGCGAUGGCGGCGUUUUUCCGGACCCUGGGCGGUGCGUUGAACAGUAACGCAGGCGUGAUGAGGACCAUGAUAUCGGAAAUCGUGGUUGAGAAGAAAUACCAGUCGAGGGCCUUUCUGCUGCUGCCGAUGUGCUUCAAUGUCGGUGUCAUUAUAGGCCCCAUCAUGGGCGGACUCCUGGCUGAUCCCAUAAGCAACUAUCAGUCCAUCUUUGGACCCGGGUCAUGGCUUGGAGGAGCGGACGGAGUGUCGUGGAUGGUCAAAUGGCCAUUUGCUCUGCCAAAUCUGGUGACGGCUGGUUUUAUCCUCUGCUCCGCAAUUGCUAUAUCCCUCGGUCUUGAAGAGACACAUGAAGUAGCCCGGUCACGGAAGGAUUUGGGUCUACGUAUCGGAAAAGCCAUAUCAAGGUACCUGGGCUUCUCGGGGUAUAGUGACUACCAGGCCCUCGAUGGCCUGGCAGACCCGGAUACGCCAGACUUCUUCGACAUGGGACCAAACGGACGGCCCGUCUCAGCUCAGAGGCUCCUGAACAAUGAAAAUGCUCUCCCCAGACGGCGCAAACGCCUGCCCUUCCGCCAGAUAUGGACCCGCAACGUCCUACUCACGCUGGCCACUCAUAUCUUCCUCAACUUCCACACCAGUGCAUUCACGGCACUUUGCUUCGUCUUCCUGCCUACGCCACGCGCCCCAGGAAGCCAAAGCAGCUUUUUCCAGUUUGGCGGUGGACUCGGUAUGUCCAGCUCCAAAGUCGGUCUGGCCACGGCCAUCAUAGGCCUUAUUGGCCUGCCAAUUCAGAUAUUCAUCUACCCGCGAAUCCAGUGGCGACUAGGCACUUUGCGAUCCUUCAGGAUCUUUCUCCCCUUUUCUCCCCUUGCGUACCUCCUAGCACCCUUCCUGGUACUACUUCCCGACCAUCCAUAUAUAGUCUGGCCUGCCCUCUCAGCCGUAAUAUUCCUUCAAGUGGUGUCCAGAACUUUCUCUCUACCGGCUACAGUGAUACUAGUGAAUAACUCCGUGCCAGACAGGAGCGUGCUAGGUACGCUGCAUGGAGUUGCACAGAGCGCCUCCAGUGCCUCAAGGACGUUAGGCCCCCUGAUUGCUGGCUGGGGUCUGGGUUUAGGGCUGAAACAUAACAUCGUCGGAGCUAUCUGGUGGGCUCUUGCCAUCGAGGCGUUCUUGGGAUGGCUAGUUACAUGGACCAUAUUCGAGGGAGCCGGCAUUGAGAAGCCCUCAUAG